CUACGACCUAGCUGGUACAGAGGGAGUGUCCGGAGCUUAGACGUUAAACGUCUAGGGACUCGAGAGUUUCAGAGAGUUGAAACAAAACGAACCAGUACAAGAGCACAAUGUGUGGAGACGCAACGAACUGGGACGAAGAUGCGUACAGGGAAAGCAUAUUGAAGGAGAGGGAGAUCCGAACCCGAACCGUUUUCCGGACUGUUUGGGCACCCUCCCAAAACCCUAAUCCUGACGCCAUUGUCGUGGCCUCAAGUGACGGGUCGCUCGCCUCCUACUCUAUCUCUUCCUGCAUUUCCAAACUCCGAUAUGGUUUUAACAAUACGAGGUCGCAACACUUCUUAGUGGCUGAGCCUCAGUUCUUUCUGCAAGGACAUGAUGGACCUGCAUAUGAUAUCAAAUUCUAUGGCCAUGGUGAAGAUACCUUGUUGCUAAGUUGUGGUGAUGAUGGUCGGAUUCGAGGGUGGAGAUGGAAGGAGUUUACAAACUCAGAUGUGCCCAUUCCUUUGCAAGCAGGGAAUCAAGUGAAGCCAGUCCUUGACCUGGCUAAUCCUCAACAUAAAGGUCCUUGGGGUGCUCUUUCUCCAAUUCCUGAAAAUAAUUCCAUUGAUGUUAAUAUGAAGGGGGGGUCUAUCUUUUCAGCUUCCGGUGAUUCUUGUGCAUAUUGCUGGGAUGUGGAAACUGGUAAAAUCAAAACAGUUUUUAAAGGGCAUUCAGAUUACUUGCAUUGUAUAGUAGCCCGAAACACUGCCAAUCAGGUUAUAACUGGUUCAGAGGAUGGGACUGCUCGAAUCUGGGAUUGCAAAAGUGGAAAGUGUAUUCAAGUAAUUGAUCCGGCAGAAAAUACAAAGUUGAAGGGUUUCUUCUCAUGCGUUAGUUGCAUUGCUCUUGAUGGAAGUGAGAGCUGGUUGGCUUGUGGCAGAGGUCGGAGUUUAUCCAUUUGGAAUCUUCCUGCUUCUGAGUGUGUUUCAAGGAUUUCAACUCGCGCUUCUGUGCAGGAUGUAUUGUUUGAAGAUAAUCAAAUUUUAGCUGUUGGAGCAGAACCUCUGCUCAGUCGUUUUGCCAUAAAUGGGGCAGUUCUUUCACAAAUACAAUGUGCUCCUCUGUCGGCAUUUUCUGUCUCCAUACAUCCAUCUGGGGUUACAGCAGUUGGAGGUUAUGGAGGUCUUGUAGAUGCUAUCUCAGAGUUUGGAAGCCACCUUUGCACAUUUCGCUGCAAAUGUGUAUAAAAAGAGCUUAUUGAUCUGACUCAGUUCAAAUUGCAUGUUUGAAAAUCUUAGGAUUUAUAGGUCAGCAAGCAUCUAUGUUACACUACUCAGUUUUUGUGAGGAUAUGGGUUCAAUUCUGCCAUAAAAAUGUGAUACGUCUGGUCUGUCUUACCCGAGUGUAUGCUGUUAUAGCGGCACAUGAAUGGGGAAACUGGUAUAAGCUUGAUUUUGAACAUUUUCGAAAUAUGCAAUUUUAUAUAUUUGAAAAUUCUAGGUA